CGCCUCUCCUCCGCUCUCCUCGCUCGGUCGCAGAUAUUUUACAGGAGGAAGAAGGACCCCUGACUGUCCACUUCUUCCGGUUAAAGCAAUCUGAGGACUUUCACCCCCACAUUGACGGAUCGGCACAUUUCGCCUUUGCCACCUAAAGAAGAGUCUAUGCUCCACAGAAAAGCCGCGACUGGUCGCUUUGCAGAGCCAGAGGGGGCUGCCGUGCGUCCCGGUGAUGAGGUUGGUGGCGCACAACCGACGAAGCGUUAAAGGAAUCCCGCUGUAUCUGAAGAAACCGCCCCAGUAAGGGACAAGAACAGGGGGAGAGCUGCGGGACUGGUGUCGCCUGGGACGCUACCAUUUCAACUGGGAUGCAUCUCUUCAGUGCCAUGUUCUUACUUGUGAUGUUAGCUGUCAUGCCCAGUGAGGCUCUGUACCCGAGCCCGGAGGAGGGCUGGCAGAUCUACAGCUCGGCACAGGACGCAGAUGGGAAGUGUAUCUGUACUGUGGUUGCUCCAGCCCAGAACAUGUGUAACCGCGACCCACGCAGCAGGCAGCUCCGCCAGCUCAUGGAGAAGGUUCAGAACAUCAGCCAGUCUAUGGAGGUGCUAGACCUGCGGACAUACAGAGAUCUACAGUAUGUGAGGAACACAGAGAGCCUAAUGAAAGCGGUGGAUGGAAAGCUGAAGGUGGCCUCGGAUAAUCCCCGAAGUCUCAAUCCAAAGGGCUUUCAGGAGUUAAAAGACAAGGUGACUCAGCUGCUCCCCUUGCUGCCAGUGCUAGAACAAUACAAGGCAGAUGCCAAGAUGAUCCUUCGUCUUCGGGAGGAGGUGAGGAAUCUGUCCUUGGUGCUGAUGGCCAUCCAAGAGGAAAUGGGAGCCUAUGACUACGAGGAGCUACGCCAAAGAGUCCUACUUCUGGAAACCAGACUCCACUCCUGCAUGCAGAAACUAGGCUGUGGGAAGCUGACUGGUGUCAGUAAUCCAAUCACAGUGCGUGCAUCAGGGUCGAGAUUUGGUUCCUGGAUGACGGAUACCAUGAUCCCUAGCUCAGACAACAGAGUUUGGUCCAUGGAUGGUUACUUAAAGGGACGCCGUGUCCUGGAAUACCGCACAAUGAAUGAUUUUAUGAAGGGCCAGAACUUUGUGCAGCACUUGCUGCCUCACCCUUGGGCAGGCACUGGUCAUGUGGUCUACAACGGCUCACUGUACUACAACAAGUACCAGAGCAACAUCAUUAUCAAGUACCACUUCCGAUCUCGCAGUGUGCUGGUGCAGCGCAGCCUGAGCGGGGCCGGUUAUAACAACACCUUUCCCUACUCCUGGGGUGGCUACUCUGACAUCGACCUCAUGGCAGAUGAGAAUGGCCUGUGGGCCGUUUACACCACCAUCCCCAAUGCUGGGAAUAUCGUCAUCAGCCGUCUGGAGCCUCAGAGUCUGGAAGUGUUGCAGACUUGGGACACAGGCUUUCCAAAGCGGAGUGCUGGAGAAUCCUUCAUGAUCUGUGGCACACUUUAUGUCACCAACUCCCACCUUGCUGGUGCCAAAAUCUACUUUGCCUAUUACACCAACACUUCAAGUUAUGAGUACACAGACAUCCCCUUUCACAAUCAGUACUCUCACAUCUCUAUGAUGGACUACAACCCCAGAGAAAGGGUCCUGUACACAUGGAACAACGGACACCAGGUGCUCUAUAAUGUCACAUUGUUCCAGGUUAUUAAGACUUCUGGUGACUGAGAGCUUUAGAAGGACUCUCUCAAUAACGCUGUGAUCAUUGUGUUGGGAGGGGUAA